UCGGCCCUCUGCGCACGUCUUGAUGGUAAACCCUCUCUUUGGCUUACAUGUGACUUCCCUUUGCUCAAUAAGAUAUUACCGAAAAAAUGUUUUUUGAAACGGACAACAAACCUACCGUAUAUGACCAAAUAGCGGAUUUUCAGCGUAGACUUCAACUUUUAGAGAGCGACAGGAGUGCCUACUAUGAAAGCUCUCAGUCGACCUUGGAGAAGAACCGCCAGCACAUCUUGCAGCUUCGGGAGGAGAACAGGGACCUGAAGAAGACGGUGUCGGAGGCCGAAGACGAUGAACAACAAUUCGUGCAAUCGGCCUUACACGGCCGAGGGGUGGAAAAGGACACCGGGCCACCAAUGUCCGGCAAGGCAGCCCUAUCCAAACUUGAACACCGGGUCACGUCCAAGAUGAAGCGUCUCAACGCGCUGAGGCACGCUACUCAAACUCACCAGUGCCGCCUCGAAGACCUCAAGAGGGAAUGCCUCAGACUGGAAGGGGUGGGCUUCAACCAAGCAGUCUCAGACAAGGAGGAGAUUACAAUGAAAUUGAGGUCACUGCAGAACUGUCUGGAAAAGAACCGACUCAAGUGCAAGGAAGCAGCAAACAUCAUGACUAACUACCUAAAACUGAAAAGUUACUUGCAGGAGGAGAGUCUGACUUUCCAGGGUCAGAUAGAUGAUCUAGAAGCAGAAAUCAUGAAGCACAGGAAAGAAGUGAAUGAAGUGCAGGAAAUGAACGACAAAGCCCAGCUCUCCAAAGAAACAGCAAUUGUUGAGUUACAGCAGCAGGAGGAGCGGUUCUACAAGGAGCACCAAGAAAAAGAUUAUGUUUUAGCCAUUUACCGCAAAAGGGUGCAGGAGAUUAAAGCCCGUGCUGAAAAGUUGGAUGCUCAGAGGAAACUCGUACAACAGGAUGAGUUGAACAAUGAAGCUGAAAGUGGCGCUGCCAAGAUGGCCGCUGAAAUGGAGCAGAGCAUCAGCAUCUUUGAUGAGACCCUACAAAAUAUGAAGAAUGUCACUGGUUCCACAGAUACAGAGGAGGUCAUAGGUCGUUACAUUGCCCAGAGGGAGACGCAUCGGCAUCUGAGCGCAGUGAAAGAAGACAACGAAUAUAUUCUCCAGCAGCUAAAGGAACAGAAGGUGCUCCUGAAGCAACAAUCCGAGGCCAUGAAGUAUCAGGGAGAAACACAACUAUCGGGUGAGCAGAGGUUGCUGGACGAGUGUGACAAGGAGCGAGUCACGAAGCAGCAGAGUUGUGAAACAUCUAAGGAACGUCUGUCUUCCCUUGUCAAAACCAUCAGCAGUAUCCAAGCUGGAGUGGAGCACCUGGCAGACAAACUUAGUCACAUCUCUCUGAAGGAACCUCCAUCAGAUAUUUCUCCCAAAUCAGAAGAGUUUGUGGUGUAUCUGCUCAAUCAGUGUGAGCGCAAGGUGCUCUCACUGCAGAACAACCUUCAAGGGAAAGAUCUCAAUGAGAUUUCAAAAGACAUGGAGGAAGAAGAGUUCUAUUUUAUGAUUGAGAAACAACUGCCUGCUUACAACAAGCGAGUCACUGUGUCUGAAGACCAAGAGAUGAUCUUCUUAACCAACGAGGAGGAGAAUGAAGAGGAAGAGGGCAUCCUUUCACGAGAGGCGCUGAAGCGCCGCUCGCAGGCUAUGAUUGACUCCAUGUCCAACAAGAAAUCCUGGAAAUUGAAGAAGGGCAAGUAAAUGAGAUCCUGACAGGCAGGGGAGAUGUUUGAUUCGGUAUGGUAGGUAGAUAGGUACACAAAUCACUAAGUUGAUUAAAUAAAAGAAACUAUACUAUGCUGUAAAUAGAAUAAAAAUAGAAUACUUAGGAUACUCAAAGAUAAAAGAAGAUGCAUCCUGGAAAAGAAAAAUAAGGAUAUUGGACUUGAAAGUGAUGACCUCCAGAACUGAUUUAAAGCUUUGUUCGACUCUAUUUGCAGUUAGAAGAAAGUAUUUUUCAUUUUUAAAUGAUCCUUUAGGUUAUAUGGUGUGUGACGCACCGACAUAUUUUUGAGGGCGACCCCAGGUCACCAGGAGGUCAAAGUUGACUUUGUUGGUAUGGUAAGGGUCGACCUGUGCGUGCAUUAGGUGCUCAUGCUCAAGGGUUAUGUGAAACCUGUUUAAAGUUUGUUUGAGGGUUGCUAGGUGGAGUGACUGUUCAUCUACUAAAUUUAGAACAAUAGUUUAAGAAAUAUCUGAGCAUUACUACAAUGACGUUCUGUUUUGAAUGCCUCAAACAGCUGUCUCUGAGUCAAACAGAUAUGAGUUUUUACAGUAAAUAAAACUCCUUUGACCCCUCCGACUGA